AUGGACAAUUGGUUAAACAAAAAGUCAAUGAGUCAAAGUCAAGAAGAAAUGGAGACAAUAUCUGUGUCAACAGUUAAAAAAAGAAAAUUAAAUUACGAUGAGCCUUCAACAAUAAGUUCUUCGGAAUUAAAACAAAAAAAAACUUGCAGAAAAUAUUGUCCGGAAUACUUGCAAAUUGGAUUUACGUGGAACGGAGACGAAGAAAAUCCACGACCACAAUGUGUUAUUUGUGGAUGUAUACUUGCAAAUGAGAGUAUGCGACCAAACAAACUACAUCGACAUAUCGAUACGAACCAUCCAGAAAUGAAAGAUAAAAUUAUAUACUUAUUAAAUUACUAA